UUCACGUGUCACAAAUCAUUUUGGCUCUAAAUCAUUGACUUUUCUAUUGUUAAGAAACUGCAAUAUGACAAACCUUCUUAUUAGUACAAAGUGUUGCUCCCUGCGGGAGUUAAUUUUGUUGGGUGUUUAUGUAACCGAGGACAUUCUUCAAAUGAUCAUAUUUUGCUGUUCUUCUUCCCUUAUCAGACUAGACCUGUCUUGUUGCAAAUUGUUGAAGAAUCUUCAUAUCUCCGAUGUUCAAAAACUCAAGAAGGUUGAUGUGCAUGAUUACGCUGGUGAACUUGAAAGAAUUGAGAUUAAAGCACCCAAUCUUGGUUCUUUUGCCUAUCACGGAUAUAGAAGGACAUUGAACGUUUGUUUGGCUUCUUGUGUGAAUCUACAAGAGUUGUGCAUAGAUUGUCCCCUCAUUCCGGAACAAUUUACUCGAGAUGUUGGUUCUAGAUUUCCACUCCUUAAAUAAUUGGAGCUACAUGGUUAUGGGUUGAAAUCGUUUGAGAUAACAAGUCUUCAACUUGAAAGAUUAUCGUUAAGAAGUUUGCAUCCUAUUAUUAUUAUUAAGGCUCCAAAUCUUUCUUCAUUUGCAUUUGAUGGUGAUCUUACGAGUGUAUCACAAUUAUCCAUGGAAGUUUCAAGGGAAUGUGAAAUUGGGCUCACAAGCCCCCAGGAACUAGACACUCUAUGGUUCCUGAAAUUGAAAGAAUGGGUUACAAAGUUAGGUGUCAACAACGUGGUUUUUAAAGUAGCUGAUUUUUCUAGUAAGAUAACUUUCAGUUUCGAAGUUCUGAGAAAUAUUUCGAUUCCUCCACCAUGUCAUGUGAAGCAUUUGAAGCUAUCGGGACGAUCAUAUCGGGUUGGAGUUCUCAAUUUAGAUGCUCUUGUGGAUGGCUUACCUUGGAGUUGUCGUCCUGAAACACUAUCGAUUGCAGAGGCACCGGAUAUUGGGACAAAGUUUGCAAAGGCUCUGUGUGAGAAGCUUGUGAGCCAAAAAAGUAGGCAACGCUGUUGUGGAUCUUCUCCUGUCGCAUGCUGGUUGCACUGCCUAAAAGAUGUUAAGAUCGCGUUGCUUGCUGGGACAGAUAAAAAAGCUCUCGACUGCCAUUCUUUGUUACAGGCAUUGCCAACUCUCAUAAGACACCAUCAUAUUAGUUUUAAUUUUCGUUGGUGAUCCGUUUAUUACAACCUCUCUCUCUCUCUCUCUCUCUCUCUCUCUCUCUCUCUCUCUCUCUCUCUCUCUCUCUCUCUCUGUUUAAGGAUUCAAGAUUCAAAAAAAAGUUUUAUGAUUUAUCACAAGUACUAUAACACUUCUAGUAGAUUAUAACAUAGUUCAUCACUUGUUAGCUUGGCUUACAUGUUCAUGUAACAUGUCUAGUACGUGCUUUUUAUGCUGUAUUUGGAGAUUGUGUUGUGGAAUUAAUUCAUACGAGUAGAUAAAGCUUUUAACUGACAGCGAUGAGGAUUAUUUUGAA